AUGGCACUUUGGAACGGUCUCAGCCAGGCUGCCACCGUCGCACAGCUGGCUGGAGUCGACGCUGGUGGCCUCAUCACCAUGAUUGUCCAGGCAGUGCAAACUGUUCGCCGGAACAGGGAGGAGUGCCAACACCUCAUGCACCAUGUCAUGAUGAUCGGAGAUCUCCUACAAAUGCUUCAGCAGUCAGAGACAAUGCAGCGCCCAGAGAUCCGGAGACCGCUGGACGGAUUGGAAGACACACUCCGGCAGGCGUACACGCUAGUCGUGUCCUGCCAGAAGAGCAACACCAUGUAUCGCUUCCUCAUGGCAGGAACUCAAGCUCAGAAGUUCCGUGACAUCCGAGAUAGAAUUGAUUCAUAUCUCCGGCUCUACCCUUUGGUCAGCCACAUCGACACAAGAGAGUUCAUAACUAGACUUUACAGCCGUGCACAUCCUUCCCAACCACAGGCUUCAGAAGAGGCGCCGGAGUCAUCUGGGAGCCGUGUCAACCCUGACUCCCGGUACAGUGUCCACAAUACCAAGUUUUCUCCUUUAUUUUGUGAUCAUAUCCCACAUUUGUCCCUACAUUUUACAUUGCUUGAUGUGUUGGCAUAG